AUGUCUCAAACAUUCACCCCUGCCGACGUGGCCUCCCACAACACCGCCGAUAAGGGCCUCUACAUCAUUAUCGACAGCAAUGUCUUCGAUGUAACCAAGUUUGCCGACGAGCACCCUGGCGGCGCAAAGAUUCUCAAGCGUGUGGCGGGCAAGGAUGCCUCGAAGCAGUUCUGGAAGUAUCACAAUGAAUCUGUCCUGAAGAAGUACACGCCCAAGCUGAAGGUUGGCGAGGUCAAGGAUGCUGCAAAGCUUUGA